CAGAUCACUCACAGGGAGGUCGCUCUUCGGAACACCUCUAAAUAAUUACAUCGGGUUCGGGCAACAAAUAAUUCCAGCUUUACUUUGGAGGGUUUCUGUCAAUUAUGAAUUCAGUCAACAUUUUGAAAGCAUGCUUGAACAGGGUAUGAAUCGUCAUAUAUGAUAUGUUGAUAUGUGAAUGUUUAAUUGAUUUAUGUGACCCUUGGUUGCGAAAAUAAUUAUUUAUCAUCUGCAUGUACAUCAUGCACACAUGCAGUAUCAAAUUACAAUAGCGGAAUGGCUGAAGCUUCGCCUCACGUUGUUGUCACAUCUCUUGAUGACGCUGAAAAAAGAAUAACGGAUUUUGAAGUUGAGACAGUAACAACUUUUACUAUAUUUCGUCGGAAUAAGGGAUUCAGAGAAGACAUAAACGGCUUAGCUGAACACAAAGUAAAAUGGGAAGAUGUUAGUCGUGGGGAAGGACCAAAGAUUCAGUACAAUGGAACCCCUUUCAUAAUAUUAGGAUGGGAUGUACGAGAGUGUCAGUUUGGUCCAGACCGAAAUGUGAAGCAAAAGCAGAAGUAUCAGUUGGAAAAGACUUUGGAAGGAAAAAAAGACCAUUCCUACACACAAAAAGGCAGGACGUUGCUGCAAAACACCAAGAAGCAGGAUUGUCCUGCGAGAAUUCAUUCCAAAAGAAUUUGUAUUUUUCCAGAAUAUAAGAUCAAUGGUCCAGACUCCAUUUGGAAAAGAAAAGACCAGUCACAGAGACUUAAAGCAGCCCUUAAAGAUAAGAAGAACAAAGUGGCAUGGAAAGAGGAGAUCCAUAUACUUUUUCCUUCCCAUGAUGAUCAUAGGAAUCAUGUUACUGGAGAACUUGCAGGGUUUUGUCAGCCUGUCGACAAAGUAAUAAAGAAAAAAAUCCAAUGUCUAAUGGAUGAAGGCGUCACCAAAGUAGCCGAAAUGAAGCGUCAUCUGAAGAGUUUUAGUAAAAAAGAUCUUGGAAAGACAUCCACACAGAAUAGACGCUUCUAUCCAUUAGAUAAAGACAUCAGAAAUGUUAUGGACUCAUAUAAAAACCAAACAAGAUUUUCCAAGGAUGAUAAAGAAAAUCUUGAGCAGUUGUUGGAGAAAUAUAAGUCCAUGAAUGAAAAAGACAGCUUCUUUCUUGAUAUCUCUGAAACUGAAGAUUUCCUCUUUGUUGGCCAGACAGAAUGGCAAAAAAGAUUACUCAAUCUAUAUGGUCAAGAAAUCUGUUUGUUGGAUGCAACAUACAAAACUACAAAAUAUGACCUACCAGCUUUCUUUGUAUGUGUCAACACCAAUGUUGGUUACACUAUUGUUGGCUGCUUCAUUACUGCAGAUGAAACGAAGAAGUCAAUAAUGAGAGCACUGCAUUUGCUAAAGGAAUGGAAUGUUGCAUGGAGUCCAAAAUAUUUUAUGACUGAUUUCGAUACAUCUGAAAUUAGUGCCAUAGAGGAAACUUUCGAAGGUAAAAGAAUGAUUGUUUUGUUGAUAUUUUGCCUAAGUAUUGCAAAUAACAUUUUCUUUCUGUUUUCAGAUUGCCAUGUUUAUCUUUGUGACUUCCAUAGGGAACAAGCCUGGGACAGGUGGCUCAAGUCACAUGUCAAUGGUUGUGCAGAAUACAAAGAUGAGAUACUUAUGAUGUUCCGAGAAAUAGCCAAAUCCACAACAGAAGACCAAUUACAACAGAACAUGGACAAUCUUCGUUGCAGCAAGAUUUGGAAAAACAAAUUGAAGCUUCAGCAAUGGUUUGAGCGCAUUUGGCUAGCCAAUUACAAGAGAUGGGUCAUCUUGUUUAGGAAAAGUUUGUUCAAUGUCAGGGUGUCAACAACAAAUGGACUUGAACGACAACACCUGAAACUGAAACAAGAAUACCUGUCUCAUACUAGCGACAAGUCAUUGUCAAACCUUGUCAAUGUCCUUUUUUCUCAAGUCUUCCCUGAAAGUUAUACACGGUAUAUUCAGUACAAUGCAAGAAGCUUAGAUAUGUGUAAAUCAUACAUCACCAGCAUUCCUAGUUUUUUGAAAAAUAGACCAAGAAUGUUGGUGGAACAUUGUGUGAAAAGAAUGCCUCCUCAAGUGCUGAAGAUUCCAGAGGAAAACAUCAGGGAGAGGUCAGCUGGAAACUUUCAGGUGAAGAGUGUGGAUUCAGGAAAUGUGUAUGAUAUUGAUCUGGAAAUACCUUGUCCAUCUUGCACAUGUUAUGACUGGCAGAAAUAUCAUCUGCCAUGCAAACACAUGCUUGCAGUAUUUCAGCAAUAUCCAAGCUGGGACUGGGACUUUUUACCAUCUGAGUACCGUGAUGCCCCACACUUUAACCUUGACUUAGAAAUUUUGGAGUCCAUUCAAAAUUCUGAGUCAAAAAAACCAUCUUAUUCACAAGAAACAUCUCCAGAAAGUCCAAUUCUGACAGGUGAAGGAUCCGGCAAUAGCAAAGUUCCAGAAAGAAGAGAAAGCAAAUUAACAGAUGCCCCAUCAAACACCAAAGACUGGCUUCAGUGCCGUGAGCUUAUCAAACAAAUUCAGGGCAGCAUAAUGAAUGUUUGUGGACUCAAUAUUGGCAACGUUGUACAACAACUGCAACAAGUUGCCAAUGUUUUAAAGGAAAUUGAGCCACGAGAUGAUGAUCUUCCUGUACUAAUGCGACGAAAACAAAAGAAGAUCAGAAGCAUGGAUGAAGUCCCACAUAAGAAAAGAAAAGUUUCAAAUUUGCCAAGGCCCAAAAAAUCUAAACUAAGAAAGCGCAAAGGAAAGACAACAAACAUAUUGGCUAAAGACGUUUGUUCCCCAUCAGAAACUGAUGUCCAUAUGCUUCAAGAAUAUCAAAAUUUAAGUGCUACUGCAAAAGAUGAAAUACAACUUCAAAAAGAAGUAAACAAAAUCUGGGAUCAGACGGAAACAACGAAAUACAUCAUGGCAAGAUGUGGUGAUACCAACUUAACUGAUGAGGAUGUCAUCUCAUUGAAGGGGAAUAACUGGUUGACUGACCAAGUUGUUGACGCAUGUUUAGGGGCCAUUGCUGAGGCAGAAACAGACAAGGGAAACAAAGUUUUUAAAAUGGCCACCUCAACAAUGACAGCUAUUGUGGAAGGACAUUGUCUCCAAAACAUGACUUUAACAAAGGUUCAGUUACUUGACUAUCAAGUGAUAAUUGGGGCAUAUCUCCAACAAAUGGGACACUGGGACCUUGUGGUAAUAGAACCAUCAACAAGAACUAUAUUCUUCUAUAAUCCUCUUGGUGAGACUCUUCUGCAGAAGAGGCGCAUUCAAGAAAAUUUAAGUCAUUUCUUCAACAGAAGAAUAAGCCUUGGACUAGAGGCAGGCAAGUCUGAGGAGAAAUGGACUCUUAAAACUGUUCCUCAUACAAAACAGCAGGAUGGGCAAAAUUGUGGUGUAUACAUAAUUCUGUUUUGUGAACGAUAUUUUACAAAUGAGAGUAUUUCAAACAUUACAAGUGAAGAACUGAGAAAUACUAGAGUGAGACUUGCUAAUCAGCUGUUGAUGUAUCAAGUAUAUAUCAAAGACAAAUGUCCAGCAUGUGCAUUUCAACUGAAACAAAGGCAAAAAAAGAUAACUUGUAGACAGUGUGACAGGACAUUCCACAAGUUGCCACAUUGUGCUGGAGAAUCUAAUCAAGGCAAUGAGUGUGACAAUUUUGUAUGUAGGCAGUGUCUUGCCUGUAUUGGAGAGACAAUAUCAGAGGACAUUGUUGCCAUGAAGGAUCAUCAAGCUACAAAUGUAAACCAGAUAAGAAGUACAGAUAUUCAAGAAAGCGGGUAAAUACAUGACUGUAUACAUCUAUGUACAAUUGUACAUGUAUGUUUUUCUGCUUCUUUGCACACAAAUUUCAGCCAGUUUUGGCAUAUAUAGUAUUCAUAUUAUGGUUAAAGAUAAACAAAAAUUCCCACACCCCUGGGUACCAAUAUUGAGGCCCAAAAGAUUGAAGUUCUGGUGUUGGUAAAGAACUCUAUUGAUCAUGUAGACAAAAUGCACAAGUUUUCUAAAAAUGAAGUUU